AUGGGGGAAGCAGAAACAUUGGAACUUCCCAUUACUAAAAUGCAAUGGGGUUUACGAGGAGCACAGAUUUUUUUUGCUUUUCUCUCAAUGAGCUGUAUUGCUGCUGAAAUUGCCUUUGAUAAUAAGUUCAUGUCUAGUUCUAUUAUUUCAAAUAUCCACUUAUUUAUCGUUGUCUUGUCGAUAUUUGUAGCGGCAGCUACUGUUGGUAUUCCUUAUGCUUAUUUAACAUAUGGCAAACUUCAAUCUGCAGCCAGAGCAUUGAGAAUACCCAGGAUAGAAUUUGUGCAUACAGCAAUAUGGUCAGUUCUUUUAUUUAUAGUGUCAUUAGCUUUAAGCUUGGAAUUGGGUUUUAGGGAUUGUGAUCCUACUUCAGAAAAGUGGACUAGAUUGAAUGCUACAUAUAGAAACGACACUACUUUUAUCAAUGGUUUACAAGGGAAUUGUAGAACAGCGCGUGCUGGUCUUGCAUUUGGUUGGUUUGCACUCGGAGCUUGGUUAGUUUCUCUUGCUGUAAUAGGGAAAGAAUGGUACGAUAGUAGACGUCAGCCUUUACCAAAACACGAUCCUCAUAAGGACGAGGUUACUAUGAACACUAAUUCAUCACGUUCGUCGUUUGAACCAGCGGGUGAACACAGGACUCAACAACCAUAUCAAGAGCAAGUUCAAAUGCAGAAUAUAACUAAUCAACCUUAUUCUCAUCAAGUGCCCUAUAGCACACCUCAACAAAGUUACUCACCUAUGCCAGGAGUAUUAUCUCAACACGCCUCACCUAUCAUGACUCCAACAGGAUUGCCUAUUCCUGAACCUCAACCAAUCCCUACAGCUCCUACAGGUCCCGGUGUUGGAUUCCCUCAACCUCAGCACUAUCAACCACCACAAGGAUAA